AUGCAAAUAUCAUCACGGAAUGUGUUUGUUGUGGUAUUGUUGGUAAUUGGUUUAUUGUCCAAUAAUGUUUAUUCCUUUAAUGCUUCAGUGUGCCCCACUUUCAAUAGCCAAGCGUGUAAUGGUGCCGCCUUAUUGAAUCCGUGUGCUUCUGGUGGUGAAGAAACAAAUUAUUGUGACUGUUUUGGAUUUGGGAGUGGCGGGUUUUCAGCCUUUUAUGGAGGUGUUGCAUGUGAAACCUUUCAAUGCUAUAAAGUAGACAUGCAUAUUGGAAUUGGUCUGUACGACCAAUAUAUUUGUUCAAAUAAUGGAGAUUGCAUUGGACCCAAUAGUUGUCAGUGUAAUCAAGGUUAUACUGGUUACAAAUGUCAAUACUCUAUUGCAGAUAUUUCUUGUUUUAACUUACCCGCAAAUAGUUCUACUGUCUGUAGUGGAAAAGGAAAGUGUACACAUCCGAAUGAAUGCCUUUGUAAUAAGGGAUAUGAAGGUUUAAAUUGUGAAAAGUUUAGAUGUUAUGGUCAUUUGAACUCGGAUUCGAAUGCUUGUAGUGGGAAAGGAAAGUGUAUAGAUUGGAAUGUCUGCGAUUGUGACAACGGAAAUUCUGGAAAAAAUUGUGAACUAGUGUCCACUGUUGGUAGCUCCAUUCAAAGAGUAUGUUUUGGAAUACCUAACACUAACAAUUCGGUCUGCAAUAACCGUGGUGUUUGUGUUGGACCUGAUUCCUGUGUAUGUAAUCCAGGAUAUUUUGGAUCUGAAUGUGAACAUUCCUUCUGUUUUUCUAUUCCUCAAAAUGACUCAUCUGUUUGUAAUGGCAGAGGCUUUUGUAAUGAAAAAGAUUCAUGUAAUUGCCUUUCUCAACUCUCAAAUGUUCUGAUUUCAGGAAGUGAAUGUGAAUAUUUACAGUGCAAGGGAACUUUUGGCCAAUACUAUUUCUCUACAGAUAGUACCAAUGUAUGCUCUGGAAAUGGAAUUUGCACCCUAAACGGUUGUAACUGUACUGAAGGGUACUCUGGAGAAUUUUGUCAAGAUUAUUUCUGUGGUGGUGUCCCAAAUUACAGUCCAUCGUCAUGCUCUGGACAUGGUAACUGUAUUGCUCCAGAUGAUUGUUCUUGCUAUACUAAUUCAACUCAUGGUUUUUGGAUAGGAUCUGAUUGCAGUGUUUGUGAUUCAUCUCACCAUGGAUCUGACUGUUUGUCCAGUGUCAACUGUGACAGAUAUGAAACUUGUAAUGGCCAGGGAAAUUGCUCUUCAAAUCAUACAUGCCUUUGUGAUGAUGGAUUCGAGGGAGAAUUCUGUGAUGAAUGCUCAAAUGAUAGAUAUGGUUGGGAUUGUAAGCAGUUUUGUUCAAGAAUUUCAAGCUGCUAUGGUCACGGUGAGUGUUCCAGAGAUGGCCAGGUAUGUGAAUGUGAUUAUUCCCAAAGCACUGGUUUUUGGAAAGGAAAUAAUUGCUCCUCUUGUGCUGAUGGUUUUUUUGGAGACGAUUGUUUGACAAAGGUUGGAUCAACCUUUGAGUUUAAUUCCCUAGGAAAUGAGAUUUACUUUGAUUUGAAUGGUCCUUCAACCUAUCUUGGUGGUGUUGUUGAUUGUUCAACCCUCUUAUCCUCUUCCUCUUACUCAUCUAUUGGAAGUUCAUUAGCUAAAUGUAUUUUCAAAACUCCUUUAAUUCCAUCAAGAAUUUCUAUAGAGCUUGCAAGCACAUCAACUAUUAAGCCAGGCGACUCCUUGGAGGUUAAUUUGAAAGUUUUUGAUGCACAACAUCUACCAAGAUCUCUCUCCACACUCUCAUGUUCAGCAUCUAAUAUAUCUUCUCCUAUUGCUGAAAUUGUUUACCACAACACCUUAGUGAGAUAUUCUGAAAAUUUGGUUCUUACAGGAAGAAAUAGAUUAGGUAUUCCUCGUGAACGCGUAUUGUUCUAUGAGUGGACUUUAAUUUCAAGUACCUCUUCUUUUAAUUCUCUUUCUAGUGUUGUGUCGUCAGGAUCAGGUCUAGGAAAAUCAGUUCUCAAUAUUUCUAACACGGAUUUACCAGAUAACAAUGCAUUUGCAAUUCAACUUAAAGUGAAACACCCAGACUUUAACUUGUGGAGUAAUUAUGUAAUCGUUAACUUUACAAAAGAAGAUCAACCAAUAGUUCAAUCACCGUACAAAAAAUAUGAAGUGUAUAUAUAUCCUCCUUUAGACCCCUAUUAUGUGACAGAGUUUGUUUUUCCAAUCACUGUUCCGUAUCAAGUUUUGGAAGAUGGUGUUCCAGUGGAUACUUCUUCAUUUACUGCAAUUAGUUGGACAUUUGAUCCAGAUAUUCAAGCAAGUGGGCAGAGUAUUUUUACAGUGGAUACAACAACAAAUGGUGUACUUUCUUUUGAUGCAACCAUUAGUGAAAUGGAAAAUACUAUUGUCACAGUUAAAUGUGACGUUAUAGAAAACAAUGUUGUAUUAACAUCCAGUUCUUUCAAAAUCAAAUCUGUUGCAGAGUAUAAACCUUCUCUCAAAACAAAUGAGACAGAUUAUGGGGUUUUCUUUAAUAUUGGAUCUUUGAAGGGAAUGCCAUUACAGCAGAGCUAUUGGGAAUGUCACGCACCAACACAGCACCAGGGAAAAUGUGAACCUGAAAUCGAGGCUUUCUUCAAAGAUGCAACUAACAAGAAAAGCGUCUUUAUUCCUAAUGAAUAUUUAUACAAGUACAAAGUACUUUAUUAUGCUCGUGUUUCAAUGGUUGUUAAUGGGGCUCAUUAUAAGGGACAAGCGGAUGCUUUUGGUAAAAAGGGUUUAGAAAUCUUAAAGAUUGGAAAUGAAGAUGUAAAGCAUUAUGUCUAUUUGAGUAGAACGCAACAAACUAACUACAUUUUGUACUAUGACAACACAAGACAAUCAAUGACAAGCCCUCCUUCAUAUUCAAUGUUUGAUGAGCUUGGAAAUAACAUUACAGAUAUUCUUGUUUUGGAUGCAACAAACAAACGUAUUAUAAUCAAUCCUACCGCAAUACCAUCUCAAUCAACUUUAUUAACCUUGUCCCUUACUGACACUUAUGGAAGCAUGAUUUAUAAGAAAAACCUUCAUGCAUUUGUUGACAUGCUCCCUAAAUCAAAUUGUACUGUUAAAAUUGCUGAACAUCCGGUUACAGUUAGUGUUUUUAAUGGAAUACUCUACUUUUACAAUAUUACAGUAGCAUGUGUAACUUCUUCAAAAUUGCCAACAGUUAAAGUGUAUUUGAAGAACCAAAAUACCGAACUAUUCGUAUGUGAUUUUGAUCCACUAUUGCUUCCAAGUCAAUCUUGCUACAUUCUACUUCCAGAAUUGAUUGGACCAACAGAUGUGUUUGCCAAUGUUACUCAUGCAACCCAGGAAUUGGUUGCCCUAUUACCUGUUGCAGAAGUAAGUGAAUUGAUUCCUAUUGGAAGUCUAAGAGAAAGACAAACAACUCCCUCAGCAGAUAUUGAUUCUCUUCAACAAAUGUUCUACCAAUAUUUUGCCAAUCCAAGAGAUGUUGAAAACACAUCUAUGUUACUUCAAACUCAAAUCAAAAAACUGCUCUACUUACACUACCCAGAAAAGGAGCUUUCGUAUCCAAAUCUCUAA